AUGUCAAUCAUCUCAAUACAGCAAAAGAACAAUGUAGUGCAAGGACAAGGAUUCAUAGCGAUGAGAACUCCAUGUUCAGCUACAUCAUUUUCAGCCAAUUCAUUGGCCACCUUUCCAUUGAACAAGUGUUAUAAAACGUUGGAUGGAACUAGUUCAUUCAAGUUUACCUAUACUGGACAAUACACAACUUUUUACAAAAAUGUAUAUGCUUUGAAUGACUUGACCUGUUCUACCACUCCACAAGUCUUCACAAUCAUUACACCUACAAAGCCUACCCUUUGUGAUACUGCCACUGAUACAGUAUACAACUUUGCUGCUGUUGGUGUCAUUCCAAGUCCAAAUUCACUCUUCUUUCACAGAAAACAAACAUGUAAUGAAGUACUUCCAUCAAUUUCUUAUUCUGUGAAUAUCACCCAAGCUGCAAAUUGUGUUAUAGUGGAUCCACUUUCAUCGAUGACAGCACCAUACCAAACUGUGAAUGCAGCCUUUAGCAAAUUUAAUAGUACUGCUAUAUCAAUGUCACCACUGUCCAAUGUCAACCAGACAUGUUCAUCUGCCAAUCCAUCACUCAUAACCAAUGACCUAUGCUCAGCGUCAUCGUUGACGAUUGGAGGAAAUAUCUUUACCAAGGCAAUCAUUCCCACGCAGUUCAAAUCCACCUUUGCACCUCCCAUUGCCAUUGGAUACCGUAGUUAUUCUUUGAGUAGAUUCCCUGCCACUUGGGAUGUCUCCUUCUUUCUAGAGAAUCUAGAGGUAGUCUUACUUGAUGGACUUACCGGUAUGUCUAUCAGUUGCUUCUGUACUCCAACCAAUGCAAAUCCACAAUUCUUUGGAAACUGUAAUCUUACCACUCCUCUGCUCACCGGUAAACAAACAUUUAUUAGACUUUCAAUGGGUGGUCAAACUGUCAGUCAAAUUCCCGAUCUAAUCUCUGCAAACUUUUCACUUGUUCCUUUACCUGAAAUAUCAGCUGUUAAUGUUAAUGGAUUUUCACAGACAUGGGUGACUGUUGCAUGGACAUCGAUUGGAGGUAUGCCAGGAAAUGUUUCUACAUUUACUGUUUAUGCAAACAGUGCCAUUGUUCCACAAUGUAAUGGGAUCACUGCUUUGGAGUGUAAUAUCACUGGUUUAGCAGUGGGAAGUACUGUUACCGUUGGAGUUUCGGCCACCAACUUUGGAGAAACAAGUCCUGUGAAAACAGUUGUCGCCACAUUGAGUAAUUUACUUGGUGCACCAGCUAUCCAAUACUCUUCAACAACAAACUCGAUCGACAUUAGUUAUAUUGCAGCAGGUGGUGCUAAUCCAGAAUCAACAACAACCUAUUCUGGUUGGUUGGAUGGUACUAGCUCGUUUACAAAUACUCAAGUCAAACAAUAUCAGUUUAGUGGAUUGACAACUCUUCAGACCUAUCAAAUCAAGGUAUCUGCAAGUAAUGCUCAAGAAACUACCUUUUCAACAAUCACAGUUAAAUUGUGGGAUCUGGUAAAUGCACCAACAGUCACAUCGACAGUUAUUAAAUCAAAAUCAAUUGUCAUUAAUUAUUCGAGUACCGGUGGUGACCCAACACUCACUCGUUAUUAUGUCAAUUCCAAUGGUGUACCUGUUGCCAAUUGUCAAGAAAUCGUAUCAACAACAUGUACAGUCACAACAACACCAUCAACCGGUUAUAUAUUUAAUAUUACAGCCAAUAAUAAUGGACGUAGUCAAUCAUUGACAACCAACACUUUCACAACAUACCCAACACUAUCACCACCACAAAUCAACAAUAUUGUCAGUACUAUUACAACCAUCUCAUUUAGUUAUAGUGUUACUGGAGGUGUACCAGGUCAAACUACCUAUCAAGUUAAAUUGAAUGGAACGGUCAUUGUUUUAGCAGCAUAUUGUCCAGCUCAAAAUUGUAGAUUCACAGUCCCCCCAGGAUCAUCAAAUGCAAUCAUCGUUGAAGCAACCAAUAAUGUUGAUUUCACAACUCAAUCAACAACUAUUUCAUCGUAUCCAGCUCCAACUAUAUCUGUACUCAAGGUGACCGCUUUCACAAAGAACUCUAUCACCAUUCAAUUUGAGUCGACAGGAGGUGAUCCAACUGUUGAUACCAUUUUCUAUAUCUCUGUCAACGGACAAGCAGCACAACAAUUUACCAAAAUCAACACCGCCACAUUCACCGGUCUCACACCAGAUUCAACAGUCAAAAUCGACAUGAUAGCAUCCAACAGUGGUUCAACAUCAUCUGUACAAACAGUCACUCAAAAGUUAUUACCAAAUUUACUUGGUGAUCCAAUCAUCAAUACAGUGAUGGACUAUGAUACAUUAAAUAUGACAUACAGUUCAACAGGAGGAAGUCAAUCAAUCACAACCACCUAUGAUGUAUCGAUCAACGACCAAGUCAUUGUAACGGCAGACACCACCAAGAAAGCAACAUAUACAUUUUCAAAUGAACAAAAGAAAACACAAAGCACCUAUGUCAUCAAGGUUGUUGCCACCAAUGGUCAAUUGACAUCAGAGAAUUCAACAUCCAUCGUAUAUAUUCCAAUAUUAGAAUCACCAAUCAUUACAGUUUCAAUCAUUCCAAAUAAUGUCGGUAUUUCAAUCAGUUAUUCAGCUAUUGGUGGCAAUAAUCAGAUUACUACAACUUAUCAGGUAUUGGUCAAUGGAUUCCCACUUGAAAGCGGUGCCACAACCUAUACAUUCACAAAAUCACAACAACAAUCGAGACAAAGUUACACUGUCCAAGUGAUUGCAAGCAAUGGAGCAAUGACUUCACAAAACUCAACAUCUAUCCUCUUCACUCCAACCAUGGCACAAACAACCAUCACAGCAUCAACCAAUGUUAAUGCUAUAUCAGCUAGUUGGACACAAGUACCAAUUGCCGAUAAUUAUGUUGCUGGUAUCUCUACUGACUCUGUCGAUUGGAAUACAGUAUGUCAAGGUGUAAAUGUUACAAGUUGCCAAUUCACAGGAUUACAAUCAGAUACAACCUAUUACAUUCAAGUGGUCUCAUUAAAUACCAUUUCAGAGAUUAGUUCAACAUCAACUGUUCAAGCAACAACACUCAAACCCGAACCAGUAUCAUUAUCAAAUAGAUUAUUAAUAUCAACCAAUAUGAUAAUCAUCACUCUAUUUGUUAUUUUCUUGAUAUAUCAAACUAUAGUUUGUAGUAAUGAUGUGCAAGCACAGUGGAUUGGAAUGAGAUCACCAUGUUCAUCGUCUAUUUUUAAUGGUAACUCUCUUGCCACAUUUCCAAUGAACCAAUGUUUUCGUUCGUUGGAUGGAACUGGGUCAUUCAAGUUUACCUAUACUGGACAGUUAACCAAUUCUUUUAAAUACACCUAUACAAAUGACUUGACCUGCUCAACCACACCAAAGAUUCUUCAAGUUACAACACCUUCAUCAUCUCUUUGUGACACUACAACAGACACACUAUACGUAUACACUUCUGGAGAAGCUGCACCAUGUCCAGGAUGUAUUUACUUUCAAAGAAAAAGAUCAUGUUCUGAUCUCUACCCAAUUGCAUAUGUAAUGAAGAACUCACAACCAGGACAAUGUAUUAUUUUCGAUCCUCUUGUAUCUGCCUAUGCCCCAUACCUACCAAUUGCCUCUGGUUUUAGUCAAUACAAUUCGACUGCCCUUUCCAUCACUGGUAUAUCCAAUGUCAACAACUCAUGUCCAUCCAACAACCCAUCGAUUAUCACCAACGAAUGCUCAGCAACGUCAUCAUUGACUAUUGGUGGUAACCUCCUUACCAAGGCAAUCAUUGCCUCUACCGAAUUCAAAGCCACCGUUGCUAUAGGUAUUUCAGUUGGUUAUCGUAGCUAUUCUAUUCAAAAAAAUGCUGCCACCAUCGAUUUCUCUUUUAACCUUGACAAUCUCUAUAUUUACUUGUUGGAUGGUGCUACCAGUACCUCGACCAACUGUUUUACCUAUUUAAAUAUAAAUAAUCCCCCGUUCUAUGGUCUUUGCACAUUUUCAAGUCCUCUACUCGAAAAUAAGCAAACUUUCAUUAAACUUUUAGUCAGUAGUCAAACUGUCGGUCCAAUUCCAGAGUUUGUUUCUGCAAACUUUUCUCUUGUUCCUUUACCUGUAGUAUCAGCUGUUAAUGUUAUUGGAUAUUCACGUACAUGGUUAGCUGUAUCGUGGACAUCGACUGGAGGUAUGCCAGGAAAUGUUUCUACAUUUGCCGCCUAUUCAAAUGGAGUCAUUGUUCCACAGUGUAACGGAACCACAACUAUGGUGUGUAAUAUCACUGGUUUAACGCCAGGUAGUACUAUUACUAUUGGAGUGACAGCCACCAACUAUGGAGAAACAAGUCCUGUGAAAAAUGCUGCUCCUGUCACAUUGACCAAAUCACUAGAGUCACCAGCUAUCCAAUACUCUGCAACAACAAACUCGAUCGACAUUAGUUAUAAUGCAGUAGGUGGUGAUAAUCCAGAAUCAACAACAACCUAUUCUGGUUGGUUGGAUGGUACCAGUUCAUUUACAAAUACUCAAGUCAAACAAUAUCAGUUUAGUGGAUUGACAACUCUUCAGACCUAUCAAAUUAAGGUAUCUGCAAGUAAUGCACAAGAAACUACCUUUUCCAUCGUGACAGUUAAAUUGUGGGAUCUGGUAAAUGCACCAACAGUCACAUCGACAGUUAUUAAAUCAAAAUCAAUUGUCAUUAAUUAUUCAAGUACUGGUGGUGAUCCAACACUCACUCGUUAUUAUGUCAAUGCCAAUGGUGCACCUGUUCCCAAUUGCCAGGAUAUCGUAUCAACAACAUGUACCGUCACAACAACACCAUCAACUGAUUAUAUAUUUAAUAUUACAGCCAAUAAUAAUGGACGUAGUCAAUCAUUGACAACCAACACAUUUACAACAUACCCAACACUAUCAACACCACAAAUCAACAAUAUUGUCAGUACGAUUACAACCAUCUCAUUUAGUUAUAGUGCUACUGGAGGUGUACCAGGUCAAACCACAUAUCAAGUUAAAUUGAAUGGAACAGUCAUUGUUUUAGCAUAUUGUCCAGCUCAAAAUUGUAGAUUCACAGUCCCUCCAGGAUCAUCAAAUGCAAUCAUCGUUGAAGCAACCAAUAAUGUUGAUUUUACGACUCAAUCAACAAAUAUUGUAUCGUAUCCAGCUCCAACUAUAUCUGUAUUCAAGGUGACUGCAUUUACAAACAGUUCAGUCACCAUUCAAUUUGAAUCAACUGGAGGUAUUCCAAAUGUCGAUACCAUUUUCUAUAUCUCUGUCAACAAACAAGCAGCACAACAAUUCACCAAAACCAACACUGCCACAUUCACCGGUCUCACACCAGAUUCGACAGUCACAAUCGAUAUGGCAGUUUUCAACAGUGGAUCAUCGUCAACAGUACAAACAAUCACUCAAAAGAUAUUGCCAACCCAACUUGAUGAUCCAAUCAUCAAUACAGUGAUGGACUAUGAUACAUUAAAUAUGACAUACAGUUCAACAGGUGGAAGUCAGUCAAUCACAACCACCUAUGAUGUAUCAAUCAACGAUCAAGUCAUUGUAACAGCAGAUACCACCAAGAAAGCAACAUAUACAUUCUCGGAUGAACAAAAGAAAACUCAAAGCACCUAUGUUAUCAAGGUUGUUGCUACCAAUGGUCAAUUGACAUCAGAGAAUUCAACAUCGAUUGUAUAUAUUCCAAUAUUAGAAUCACCAAUUGUUACAGUUUCAAUCAUUCCAAAUAAUGUCGGUAUUUCAAUCAGUUAUUCAACUAUAGGUGGAAAUAUUUCUGUUGCUACAACAUACGAUGUAUUAGUCAAUGGAUUUCAAGCAACAACCCAAGACACAAGUGGAGAGACAACCUAUGCAUUCACACCAUCACAACAACAAACCAAACAAAGUUAUUCUAUUCAAGUGACUGCAAGCAAUGGAGAGAUGACAUCACAAAACUCAACAACUAUCCUCUUCACUCCAACUAUGGCACAGACAACCAUAACAACAUCAACUAAUAUUAAUGCUAUAUCAGCUAGUUGGACACAAGUACAAUUUGCCGAUAAUUAUGUUUCUGGUAUCUCUAUCAAUGGCACUGAAUGGAAUACAGUGUGCCAAGGUGUAAAUGUUACAAGUUGUCAAUUCACAGGAUUACAAUCAGAUACAACCUAUUACAUUCAAGUGAUUGCAUCCAACUCUAUUUCAGAGAUCAGUUCAACAUCAACUGUUCAAGCAACAACUCUAAAGAAUGAUCCCCCAACAACUAAUGGUACUACCACUGGUGCUGUUUCAUUAUCAAAUAGAUUAUUGCAAUCAACCACAUCAAAUAUCCUUGUUGUUUUAUCUAUUGUUAUUUUUUUGAUAAUUUAA